AUGGACUCGUCUCUUCAGAAACGACUAUUUCCCGGUCUCACCAUCAACAUCCAACGCAGUAACGGUUUAAUUCACAGUGCCAGUAUAAGGACUGUGAGCAAGGAGAAAUCCUGUGUUACAGUGGAAUGGACAGAAGAAGGUAUCCCAAAGGGCAAAGAGAUUGAUUUUGAUGAUGUGGCAUCAAUAAACCCAGAGCUCUUACAGCUGCUGCCCUUACCCUCGGAGGAUAAACUACCCCUGCAGGAGAAUGUGACAACAGUCCAGAAACAAAAACGGAGAUCCAUCAACUCCAAAAUUCCUGCUCCAAAAGAAGUUCUUUGUGGUCGGUCCACUCGCAUGUCGACUAUCUCAGAGGCUCGCAUCACCACUCAGGAGAACGAGAUGGAGGUGGAACUGCCUGUGUCUGCAAAUACCCGGAAGCAGCUCUCCAUUCCUAUUCGGAGGAAAUCAUGUAUUGUGAAGGAAAUGGAAAAAAUGAAGAACAGGCGAGAAGAAAAGAGGGCCCAGAACUCUGAAAUGAGAAUAAAGCGAGCUCAGGAGUAUGACAGCAGCUUUCCAAACUGGGAAUUUGCCCGGAUGAUUAAAGAAUUUCGGACUAAUUUGGAAUGUCAUCCGCUUACUAUAAGUGAUCCUAUUGAAGAGCACAGGAUAUGUGUCUGUGUUAGGAAACGUCCACUAAAUAAACAAGAAUUGGCCAAGAAAGAAAUUGAUGUGAUUUCUGUUCCUAGCAAGUCUCUCCUCUUAGUACAUGAGCCCAAGUUAAAAGUGGACUUAACAAAGUAUCUAGAGAACCAGGCAUUCUGCUUUGACUUUGCAUUUGAUGAAACUGCCUCAAAUGAAGUUGUCUACAGGUUCACAGCAAGGCCACUGGUACAGACAAUUUUCGAAGGAGGAAAAGCAACCUGUUUUGCAUAUGGCCAGACAGGAAGUGGCAAGACACACACUAUGGGUGGAGACCUCUCAGGAAAAUCCCUGAAUGUGUCUAAAGGGAUUUAUGCAAUGGCUUCUCGAGAUGUCUUCUACCUGAAGAACCAGCCACGAUACCGAAACCUGGGCCUUGAAGUCUAUGUAACAUUCUUCGAGAUCUACAAUGGAAAGCUGUUUGACCUGCUCAACAAAAAAGCCAAACUACGUGUUUUGGAGGAUGGCAAGCAGCAAGUCCAGGUGGUGGGACUGCAGGAGCACCUGGUUAACUGUGCUGAUGAUGUCAUCAAGAUGAUCGACAUAGGCAGUGCCUGCAGGACCUCUGGGCAGACAUUUGCCAAUUCCAACUCUUCCCGCUCCCAUGCCUGCUUCCAGAUUCUUCUUCGAGCCAAAGGGAAGGUCCAUGGCAAAUUCUCUUUGGUGGAUUUAGCAGGGAAUGAGCGAGGUGUGGAUACUUCCAGUGCUGACCAGCAGACCCGCAUAGAGAGUGCUGAGAUCAACAAGAGUCUCUUGGCCCUAAAGGAGUGCAUCAGGGCCCUGGGACAGAACAAGGCUCACACCCCAUUCCGGGAGAGCAAGCUGACACAAGUGUUGAGGGACUCCUUUAUUGGGGAGAACUCAAGGACUUGCAUGAUUGCCAUGAUCUCACCAGGCAUAAGCUCCUGUGAAUAUACUUUAAACACCUUAAGAUACGCAGACAGGGUGAAGGAGCUGAGCCCUAACAGUGGGUCCAGUGGGGAGCAACCACUCCCAAUGGAAACUGAAGAGACAGAAAUCAACUCCAAUGGAACCCUAAUCACAGAAAAUUUCUCCAAAGAAGAGGAAGAGCUGUCUUCUCAGAUGUCCAGCGUUAAUGAAGCCAUGACUCAGAUCAGAGAGCUGGAAGAGAAGGCCUUGGAAGAGCUGAAGGAGAUUACGCAGCAAGGGUCAGACUGGCUUGAGCUCUCUGAGAUGACCGAGCAGCCAGACUAUGACUUGGGGACUUUCGUGAUCAAAGUGGAAUGUGCCCUGGCCAAACAAAUUAAGCACUGCUCAGCCCUGCAAGGUGUCAUCAAGGCCUUGCGCCUGGCCAUGCAGCUGGAGGAGCAGGCCAGCAAACAAAUAAGCAGCAAGAAGCGACUGCAGUGA